CGUAGUAUCUUGUGUACACUCGUCCGGACAUCGCCUACUCCAUCAACAAGCUCUCUCAAUAUAUGCAUGCUCCCUCUUUGUAUCAUUGGCAAUGUAUGAAGCGGCUGCUUUGCUAUAUCGCCGGGACAGUUACCUUUGGACUUACUAUUUGGCGCUCAUCCACUCCUCUUUCCCUGGUCGCUUUUUCCGACUCUGACUGGGCUGGGAACCUUGAUGAUCGCACCUCCACUUCUGGGUACCUUAUCUACUAUGACUCCACCCUUAUCUCCUGGCGGUCUCAAAAGCAACGAACAGUGGCUCGUUCGAAUACGGAGGCGGAAUAUCGAGCCAUUGCCCACACCUCCGCUGAAUUAGAGGGGGUUCACAAUUUGCUUGUUGAGUUUCGUCAACCACUUCCCUCUACACCAAUCAUCUACUCUGAUAGCUGAUUCUCCACUUACCCACAUCUACCCGAUUCUCCACUUACAUUCGGUUCCUUGUAAGGAACGUGGGUUACUCUGUUAGCUGAAAACUCUCAAUGUACAUGUAUAUUAACUAAGAGAAAGAUCAAUACAUAUUACGUUGGAAUUUUCCACAACAUCCUUAAUAUUCCUUUCAUUUGUACUCGAUAUUAUCGGUCCAAUAAAGCGGUAGGAUAUGAUUUCUAAACCAUGAGUGUUAAGUCAAUGAUUAAAUACAUGAAUUACCUACCACAUAUGUUAACCUGUCACAUAUCAUAUUGCAAUAGUCGCAUAGUGAGUUACCCUAUUGUUCAUUAAGGAUCGCUAGCUUCAAUUAUUUUGGAACCACCAAUAUUAUUUGACUUUGUUAUCAUUAUAUGUGUAAUAGUUAGAAGUAAACAAUGGUACCUGAUUCAAAUGUAUUAUCUAUAUCGAGAGAAGGAACAAGAUCAUGUACUAUUCACCUUGACGCAAUAGUAUGAUUUAUCGAUAAGGACUCAACUACUCGAUUCAAUAUCAUUUUCCUAUCCAAAAGUCUAAACAAUUUAAAAGGUUAGUUUUAAUGUCUAACGGAAACCCACUUUAAUUAAAAAAAAUAUGUUAAAUGUUAACUAACCAAUACAUAUAUUGACAACCCGCCGCAAAGCACAUACCAUUUAUCUAGUAUACUUUAGAUGCAAUGUCUUGCAUAAAUAGUUUGUUGUGCUCAAGCCUGUCAAUGGUAAACGUGCAGAACAAGGAACGAUCUCAUAAUAGGAAGGAAAGGGGAGGAGCAAUAUGGAAUUCGAGAUAGAAUCCUAUUUCAUAUCAAGCAGACAAAGGGGACGAUUCAAUAUCAUGAUUUACCAAUUCUGAGACCUGAAAGUUGGAAAGGAAAAUUGAUCGAGGCAACGGCUAGUACUGAGACAAGUAUAAAUCAAGACAAAACAAGAGAGAUUUGAUACUUUUCGGAGAUCAAUCGUGUGAGAUAGCAAGAAUAUAUUGUUGUAAGUUGAUUGAUAGAGAAGUGAGUGAGCAAUUGGGGAGAUAUCUCUGAGAGUUCUUGCAAAAUUGAUCGACGGGGAGUUAGUCAGUGAUGGUUAGAAGAUCAGUCGAAAGGCCGAUAGAUUCAAGUAUGCUGAUUGUAAAGAGCCUCAAGAAUAUCCUUAGUGAAUCAUCAAGAAUCACACAACAGUGAUUCACCGAUCGUUGACUAGCCAGCGUUGAGAUCCUUCUUCUCUCAACACUGGAAACCACGUACACUCGCCUGUGCAUUUCAAAUCUGCAAAUUUCAAGAUUUAAGUUGUGUUCUUUGUUUGUUCUAAUUCUAAACCUGCCUCCUACAGUAUUUGAUUGAAAGUGGUUCUUCAAGUCAUCAGACUUUGUGUUUGUAGAAUACGACAUCGUUUUGAGUCUUUCAUUUAACACAGGAAUUGGAAGAAGAAAUCAUUGGAUUGGUUUCUGGUAAAAUUAUAUUGGUGGGCUUUUCAUUAGGCCCACACUCCUUUGUCUUGAAUCAGAAACUAGACAUCAUAUCAAAGCUUUCUCUUUACUUCUCGGUCAGUUUCCAAAUGCUAUAACCUAGAAAUCUCAACUGGAAUUGAGAGUGGUUUUGCAGGUGAUAUUGGAAGAGACACGUGAGACCGACGCGCGCCACCAGAAUUUACAAGUGGUAUAUCAGAGCAAGGUCGCCGUAAAAGAAGGUUCCAUGACCUCCGGCGGGAUCCAAAAUGGGUCUGGCUCGGGAAGCAAUGCUCCACUCUACUUGGCUGAUGGUUUUUGCAAAAUCGGCAACCAUGGUUUGAAGGGGUCGAUUAUGGGUACUCGAAAAAUCGUAUGGAGCUGUUCAUCAGAUCCACCGAUCCUAAGCUAUGGGCAAGAGUAACGAAGGGCCCUUAUGAUAAGUGGACAGAUGAAUACUUUGAGAAGUUCCAACAAAAUUGUAAGGCAACA